AUGGCAAGAGUAUUUAUAGAUGCACGUUGUCAUCAUUGUGGUUCUAUUGGACAUAAAAAAUUUGAUUGUACAGAACGAUGUCGAGUUGGUUGUAAAUGGUGCGAGAAUCCUCCAACUCGUAGACCACCAGGUGUUGCAUCUCAACGAAACAAUGCUAAUUUUUCUGUCGCAAAUAAAGAACCAAUUUCUAUUACUACAAGCAGUUUACCAUCUGCUUCAGGUACUAUUCAAUUGACAGGGAAUAGUAUGUCAGUUACAAGAUCACAAAACAUUGCACCUAAUAAUACGGCAACGCUUUUAACUACAUCUUUAAGUUCUUUAAUGCCUCAACAGUUGGCUCAAGAAGGAUUAGGAAGUUCAAGGCUUCCGUUCCAAGAAAACCAAAUUACUAAUCAAUUAAUAGGAGUUGGAGGAGGAGAAAGAAAACCUGCUAGGUCAGCUAGUCCCAGAAAAGAUAAUAAUAACAAUAGUUUUGAGUAUUCUACUAGUCGUGGUGGUGGAGGAUAUUAUCGUGAAGAGGCAAAAUCGACUUCCCCCAAUAGGUAUUAUUACAAUAAUCGUUCUGUUGCAACAGCGACAGCAGAUUAUGAUGAACGUUAUCAUGCAAGACAUCCAGAACAAGAUUUUCUCCGGUCUGUUUCUGUUGCUCCUCCUUAUGAAGAAUAUUAUCCUAGAUACAAUAACUAUGAUAGUAGAGAACAAAUAUUGAGUAGAACUGCCAGAUCACAUUCCCCAUCAUUAUUGUAUAAUAGUAAUUCAAGAGACCGAGUUUAUACUGAUCGUUCAGAAGGAUAUCUUGAAAGAGAUUAUAAUAGACCUGAAUAUGACUAUUCAUUGCGUAGACGGCAAUGGUAA